AUGGCUGACAACUACAUUGAUGCUUUGGAUCCAGAGAAACUAAUGCAGUGCCCAUAUGACAAGAAUCACCAAAUAAGAGCAUGUAGGUUCCCCUACCACCUUGUCAAAUGCCGCAAGAACCACCCUGAUAUUGUGCAGCAGCUGGUGACGUGCCCCUUUAAUGCCCGUCACCAGGUCCCCAGAUCAGAGAUCAGCCAACACAUAUCCAGCUGCGAUGACAAAAGAUUCAUCGAGCAAGACAUCGCAAGUCAGUUGGGCAACUACAGAAAAGAACCCAAUGUGGUGAGCAUGUGGCAGUCUCCUCCAUGCGAAGAAGACUGGGACAAAGAUUUAGGAGACGAAUCAAAGUCUGUCUUCAUCUGGGGCGUAAGCCGCUGUGUGACAAACAGUUACGGAUCGAGCGCAACCAUGGAACAGAAGAACCAUCUGCCUUCAGGUCUGCGAGUCCCCAAGUCAUUGCCAAAUGUGCUGCCGUGGAAGAGCAAUCCAGCAGUUGCUGCCACCACCACAGUUCAAGGAUCUUCACUGGGUGAUUGA